AUGGUUCUUCUCCUUCUUGCCACCAUCUGCUACAUGAACGCUCUUUUCGUGCCGUUUGUUGUUAGCGCUGAUUCCGAUACACUGGUCACAAACAAGGUAUAUCUUGACAUCAGCAUUGGCGAGCAAGAAAAAGGAAGAAUUGUUAUUGGGUUGUUCGGAAAAACAGUUCCUCGAACCGUAGAAAACUUCAAGGCCCUUGCUUCCCACGAGGUACGGUUACUCCUUAAACACAUAAUAGCCGAUAGCCGGCGAAUAUAAUCGCCUCUCAAGUUGCUUCUCGUCGCUGGGACGUUCUUGCCACGAGUUGCGAUCGCUGAGAGGCCGCUUCAUUCGUAGGUUAGGGGGCUGAACGAUCGAUGAGGUUAAAAUCUUCUCAAAAUCAUUCAAAAAUUAUGUGAAAUAUCCGGCCUUUUGUCUUUUGUAGAAUUGAAAAGAGAAGUGAGGAUGAUUUUACGAACAGUCUUGAUUUUUCGACCUAGCUCUCCUCUGUAUCUAAUCCCGGGGGCGGUACUCCCAUACAUUACCUAUACGGGUAUGUGCCGCCCAACGGGGUCGUGAUUUUGAAGCUCCUGGUUUAGAACGGGGUAUCCAUUUCAGAGGCGUUUCCUAGAGCGGGGUAUAAAAAAUUGGGGAUCACGGCUUUAUCUUCUGCUUGAAAUUGUUGCUGAUUAUGAAGAAGCAUUUAUUUGAUGUAUAAGUCGAACAAAUAAAGAAAUAUCUUUUUAAAAAAACAGGGCUAUUUCAAUUUACAAACUUUCUAGAACGGAGUAUAAAAAAUUGGCCCAUUUUUAGAACGGGGUAUCAGUUUUAGGGGAAUUUUUUUUAGAACGGGGUGCCAAUUUGGAGUCCCGGGCGGCACAUACCCACCCAAAAAAUACCCAAGUGCUCCCCCGGGUAUCUAAUACCCUGCGAGCAGAGCCGGGUUUGCCUCUUGCAUGGCUUUUAGCAUUUACGAAAUUGUUCGCGUCGCUUGCCAGUCGCGUAGUUUGUUUGUUUACGCGACUGGCGACGCGAACAACUUCGUAAACGCUGAAAGCCCGGAGUAGUCAAUCGAUAAAAAUCGGUAGCAAUCAAGUGAUUUUUAUCGAUUGAUACCGAAAAUCGGUGAAAAUCGAUAAACUAAAUUGCUGUGUCAAAUCGAUAUUAUCGACUUUUCAUGACUUUAUCGAUUUAUAACGGAAGUCCGCCAUUGUUGUUUUUUGGCAUGAAUUGGAUAGUACAGCUGAGAAAACACAUCCACGAAUAUCAACUGCUCAACAAACAUGAAAAUGAGACAUCUGGAAACUAUCACACACUCAAGUUUCUCUCAAAAACUCUUCGUUUGGUACAGAAUAACAAAAUCAUUAUCAUUUAGAAAUACAGUCAUCUCCCGAUAACUCGAACAUUCCGAGUAGGAAAAUCGCAAAGAGUUCGAGUUAUCGGGAGUUAGAAGCAAAUAACCUAAAAUAAGGAAAUAAGCAUAUGGUUGGGGAAGGAAUGCAAGAUGCUAUGUACAUUUCACUUCAAGGGCAGCAAAAAACUUGAGUACUAAGUAUUCAUGAUCAGGUCUGGACAAGGCAUUUGAACAAGAUUGAAAAAGAAGUACAGACAAAGAAUACGCGGCAGUUUUGAAAUAAAUUCAGUGUCUCAUUGUCGACGUUUUUUUCGUCUUGUCACGCUUUAAAACAUAGUUCGAGUUAUCGAGGGUAAAAUUGAAUAAAAAUCAUUUGUAGGGAAACAAAAAUUACAUUGGCCGCGGGUUACCGGGAUGUUCGAGUUUUCGAGAGUUCGAGUAACCGGGUAUUGUAUGAAGGAAAUCCAGAGAAAAUUGAUUUUGGCUCGAGUUAGCGCGAGGUUUGAGUUAGCGAGAGUUCGAGUUCUCAGGAUUCGACUCUAUAUUCCUAUUCUUAACGUGACUGCUCGCCACAUACACCAAAAAACCUACCUGAGUUCUCCCUACGCUAAUAAAAAAGAUUCAUGUCAAAUCUGUUGUUUUGGUUUUACUUUGUAGUACGGCUUUGGCUAUAGGGGCGCAAUUUUUCACCGAGUGAUCAAGGACUUCAUGAUACAAGGUUUGUUUUAUAAUUUGUGAGCAGUUGAUGUAUCGUCCAGAAGAAAGGAAAGUGUGAUUUUACAAGUUAACGGUUAGUUUAUUAUGGGGAUAUUCUUGUUUAGAGACAGAAGUUUGGGCAGUGAAACAGUCUCAGAAUUUGUCUCUCCAUCCUCUCUAAGCUUUGCGUUUUUGAAAUAGCAAAAAACCUUUUAAAAAUAUAUCAAACACGCUCUUUUAUACUUAACAUGAAAAGCACUACGUCUACAAAACCUCUCAAGACAAGGUCCUGAUAAUACGCGAUAAUACAGACAGCCCCGUAUAAGCCAAAAAAAAAUGCUUAUUGCACUAUACAUUUAUUUCCAUACGUACAGUCUUUGGCUUUGAUAAUAGUUAUCCAAAGAAUGCGGCAUUCUAUUCCCAUGGUUUCAAGAGCUAAGGAUUCCUUGGGAACAGAGGUGCCAGCCGCCUGCUCUAGUAUCCCAGGAAGACGGUAAUGUAGAAGCUCAUGGUGAAAAAUCCUCUGAUACCUACACCCUUGCACACAUAUACUGCUGAUAUAAAUUGAGACCAUUUGCUUGGGUUGUUACACUUGAUUUACUCAUGUUCGUGAUACCACGUUCACCAGGUAAAAUUGCACUUUUCUUACAAGCUACGUAGCUCUCCUGGUUUACUUGGAUAACCUCACAAAAUUGAUCAAAAACCAAGAAAUGACGACUCAGAAACCAUGUGUAACAACAAAUAUGAACGAGUCACGUGACUAACCUCAAAAAUCUUUUCCAGAUUAAUUUUUUGCGACCCUGUUGUGUUUUGAAAUAUCGCGGUUGCCACGGUAACCCAGGUAAGCCUUCUGGGAUAACCUUUUAAAUAGUUUUAAAAAUCUUUCUUAUUUCUCGGCUUGACUUUGCUUUAACUUGCAACGAAUUCUUAGGGAUUUGCUGCAGGAUUUGGUGAUAAUAUCGCUUUUAGGUCGAUUGAGGAGUUAAUCUCUUCUCGCUUCGUUUGCUUUUUGCCAUUGCAGGUGGAGAUUUCAGUGACAACGGUGAAGGAUCUGGAUGUAAGAUGAAUUUUUCUCUCCUACUUAUCUAUCUAAUAUUAUCUUAUUUCAUCACUUAUUACAUGCUAAUUUUGUUUCUUCAACCGGCUGUAUCUGUUGUGGGGAGGACAACAAAACUUUCACGAUGAAUUGGGGUGGGGAAGGUGGAGGGGAGGGGAGGGGAGGGGGGGGGGCUUGAGACGUCAAAUUGUAACGUCUUAGGUUAACCUUAUCGUUGUAUGUAAGACCCUGAAGAAGGAAGGCCGUGCCUUCCGAAAUAUUGGUAACAAAAAAUGUAUAUUCCUAACUGUAAAAUCAGCUUUGCCUCUUUUGUUCGAUAUUGUCGGAAAAUGCACUAUUUAGCCACGUGCACUAUUCAGUUCGGACUGGUAAGCAUUUCAGAACUGCAUCUAAUCAGGGACGUAGCUAGAAUUUGCCAAAGGUGAGUUCAGUCUCCCAAAUCAACUAUCCCGUCUCUCAAAUCGUUUUUACACGGGUGACUUGAUGAAAUUUCCCAUCUUUAUCAAUAUGGUGAAUUAAUAAUCAAAUCUCUUAGUCUUGGGAGCCUGUUCUUCAAGUAGCAGUUGUAAAAUCAAGAGAAAACAUUUCCUUUUGAGUCUUUGAAAGUGGAAUUACAUGGGAAAACGCACCUUUUUUUUUAGCUAUCCCUUACUUACCGUCUCCUCUUUAAUUGCUUUGUUUUUCAUCCCUUUUUUUUUGACAUUUUUCUUUGUGUUAUGGCGUACAGGUAGCUACCCCUCUGCUAUUUGACAAAAAGUAAAUUUUUUCCACUCAACUUGACUUCAUUUUAAGUGUUUUUAUUGUUUUACUUGCGUCUAAUUCAAAAUUUGGACCUUUUUGGAAACAAUAACCGAUCCUUUUCUUUCUCUUUCUUUUGCCUGUUUGUUUCUUUGUUUUCGCCUACCCAGUCUUUCUAUUAUCCAUGGUGUUUCUAGCUAUGUUUUAAGGGAAAUGAACCAGAGCUAGACGAAGACGUCUAAGUUUUUUUUGUUCGUAAGUGUAACAGAAUUGGGUUACAACCGGGUUGGAAAUUUGUCAAGAUCUAUUCUUGGUCCUUCAUCAGUUUGUAGUCGAGACGAUCUAAAACGACGCCAUUCGGCAAGUAAAUAGUCAGCUACCAUCUUACAUUUCUUCUUCUGGGUGUUGUCAUUGUCAUCAUUAUAAGCAACGACUGUUCAGGUACGUUCUAAUACUAUAAUUAUCUCACUCCUGUGUUACAUUUUCAGCUAAAAGUAUUUAUGGAAAGUACUUUGAUGACGAAAAUUUCAUCCUGAAGCAUUAUGGGCCAGGUUGGGUGUGUAUGGCUAAUGCUGGAAAGGACACUAACGGUUCGCAGUUUUACAUCACUUUAGUCAGGACAAAAUGGUUGGAUGGAAAGCACACAUGUUUUGGCAAAGUUCUUGAAGGAAUGGUUAGUCAAAUAGGGUUUUGUGUUUUAGAUGACAAAACAAUUGUUUUCGUGUCAUUUAGAAUUCCUUCAUUUAAAGGCACUGUUAGAAUUGCCUGGAAAAUAAAAGCAUUUUAGAAGAGUCCUCAGUAGCCUGUGAACAGGUUUCUUAAUAGGAAAAAUUGGCGGAGAUAUUAGGAGGGGAAAAGGGACGCAGAUCCUCUACCCCAUUCUCCCAGUUCUGCCCACGCCGUCUACUCGCGAUUUUAAGCCUUCUCCCACCUAAACAGAGAGCCAGUUCACUGUUAGGUUUUCGUUUUCAGUCUUAACAAUGGUCAUCGAAUUAUGCAUUUAUUUCGUACCCUGAGUACUCUCUUUUUGAAAUCCCACAUUUUUGCACUUGCUCAUUGCUCAGCAAUUGGCCAGAGUUCGACGCAACCUUCUUCGCGUUAAACAGUGCACGAAAACUUCUUUUAGCCAGGUUCACAGGCUAUCUUAGUGGCCAACAAAAAAAAAUCUCAAUUAUUUCGUUUAACUUUAAAUACCCAUGGGACAGAACAAGAAAUAUAUGUAAUAAUCAUCAUCGACGUUUAACUGAUACAAUCACAUGAAAGGGAAAUUAAUGAAAAUUAUUUAAUAUAUAUAAUUGUCUCGACAGAAAAUCGUAAAAGAAAUCAGUGAAUUGGAGACGGAUCAAUCUGACAGACCUAAAAACCAAGUGAAGAUCACAGAUUCAGGCGUGGUAGAGGGCUUCAACUGGCCCUUUACAGUUCCAAAGAGUGGUGUUCUUGUUUAGUGCCACAAAACACGUGCUUUUUCAGUUGUUAUUGUUAUUGUUGUUUUUUGCGCUAUUUUCUUUGCCCAGGAAACAGCAUCCUAUGGCUAUCAUGGGGAGUACAUUAGAGUUCCCUUUAGUGAUACAGUGUUAUGUACUGGUUUGAUAUUUCGAAGUAUAGAUCUAUCAUAUAGGCUUGCUUAGCUAGUGUAAUAUCACAUGAUUUGUUGCUAUGUGUAGUGGAAAAGUAUGGAAAGAUGCGAUAACGUUUCUUAAUAAAGCAAAGGAAAACUGUUGCUGCGUUGUGGUUCUAGCCUGUGCCAGGCUCUCAGAUAGUAUAGUGGGGACGUAUUAAAACGAGCAAAACGAAAAUAAGACGCACGCGACUUGGGAACGGGGCGCGUUUUUCGCAGUUCUUUUUACUGAACGACUUUUCACCACUAUCUCGGGGCCUGGAACAGGCUAGUGUGGUUCAUACAGUUAAAUAAAUAUCGCAAUAAUUUACUGCACUGCUUUUACUGCAGCAGCACUUCCGUUUUCGCAACUCCAUAGCUUGUAGCAUACUCUCGGGACAGGGGUGGGGAGGGAAAAGAACACGAGCACUCGUUUUCUUCAUAUACCUACUCGUUCCAGAGGGCUUGUUCACAAAGUUAGCAACUCUAGACAUUUUUUGCAUGUGUAGUUCAUACGCUUGAGUUUGGGUCAAAAUCCUUUUAUGUGACAGUUUUUUUUCACUGAAAAUAUGAAAAGAAAAGUUUCCUUGGGGAGUUCGUGUCGGCUUAACCGCGGAAGGAUUAGCUCAGUCUGUUGUGCGCAUGAGUGCAGAGCGGUAGGUCGCGAGUUCGAUUCCCGGGGCCGGACCGUUACUCAGGGUCUUAAAAUAACUGAGAAAUGAACUAGGUACUUCUUUUGCACAGCAAGCGGCUACACCUUCGCGUGGCUCGGAUGACCACGUAAAAUGGCGGUCCCGUCUCCAGAAGGAGACGCAAAAAAAGUGUCCCCAAUUAGCACUUUCCUGCUUAGUAUAUUGACACUCCAACAAAGUGCAUUUAUUAUUAUUAUUUUUUUUACUGCAGGUUUUUCUGUAUCUGACAUUCACUGUUUACUGAAUUUUUUAACACUGAUCAUGGCUCGGCUUUGACUUUUGACUCAAGCGGUGAUAAGUUUUAAUUUCGGGUGAUUGAAGCGAGUCGCGACUCUCUGCGUGCGUUCCCCACACUCGCAUCUAAUCUUUUCUUGCUUCAAAACUCAAAUAUAAUAUCGAUUAAGCGCAGAAGUCUGGGGACGACUUAAAAGCUGGUAAUUGUUUAAAUGGAAAAGUACCUGCCCAUAAGAAAGAUCCGUUUUUUCUCGUCAACUUAACCUUCCAAUGGCUAACGUGAUCUGUGACACGUGUUAUUAAAUCUUAAUAUCUUCUUUAUUUUCUUGUCUUGUAAAACUGACUUACUUAGAGAAAAACAUUUUAAAUUUUUUAGUUAGGUUUUGAGACCAGAUCAUCAUGACCAUGAUUUUAAAGGUUUCGUUGUUUUGCCUGUUAAAUAUGGCGAUGUUGGUGAAAGCGGAUCCAGACACGACUGUGACUCGGAAAGUUUUUUUCGACAUUGGCAUCGGAGGACAGCCCGCCGGUAGGAUUGUCCUGGGUUUAUUUGGCAACACGGUUCCCAAGACUGUCACAAACUUUGUAUCUUUAGCGGGAAACGAGGUGAGUUUAUUCCCUUCUGUCUCAAGUUACGUAGAAAAGGGAAUAUUCUUUCCUUGAAGUUCAUCAUGUUUGGAAAUUAGUCGUCUCUUUGCAGCGACAGUCUUUUAUGAAACUUUAGAAAUUAAAUAACAAUGAAUGAAAACAUUGAGACAUAUUCGCUAAUUCCAUGUAUGUAAAUUACACAUGAAUUACAGGGAACUGGGCGGCAGAAAAACAAUUCAUUAGCUAUUCUGUUUCUCCUUCUCAGUUACGGAUUUCCCAGAAUCAAACAAAAAUGCGUUAUUUUAAAAUUUCAUUUCUUCCCUGUUAUCCAUUUUCAGCAACACGCCUCAGUCUCUUAUUUCGAAAGGUUUUUUUGACAAAUUCUACUUACUAAAUGUGAUUCUUCUAAAUCUUUUUUUUUAGUAUGGCUACGGUUACAAAGGAAGUACUUUUCACAGAGUGGUAAAAAACUUCAUGAUUCAAGGUAUGUUGAAAUUUGGAUCUGAUUUGUAAGAAAAGCAGUCAUAUUAAAUUAUGUAGUUAUUUUGAUGUUCAUUCGGGCUAAUGUGUUAAGCCCAAUCGCGGGUUUAAAUUCUAAAUAAAUACAUUUCAGUUAGCUCUAACCGAUCUUUGAGAAACUGCACUCAAGUGAUUUACAUGGAGUUUUCAUACCUUUUGGGAGCCUUAAAUAAUGUCACAUACUGAACGGAAAUAUAAAAAAGCAAAGUAAGUCCGUUAACACUGAUUUCGUCGAAAUAAUUAAUGGUGAAGAAGGCAGAUUAUUAAAUUAGUUCCAAAAUGGUUCCUGGGUGAUGAUGUUUGGGUAUGAUGUGUUAAAAAAUUGACACUCUAAUACAUCUUUUGUCUUCGCUUAUUUAGCCGUCAAAUGCGAAUAUAACCGUAUUUGCGAGUAUUCAGAAAUCAUUGAGGAUUUUUUUUCUUACUUUUAGGAGGAGAUUUUACCAAAGGAGAUGGUACAGGAGGUAGGACUAUUCUACUUUUUACUGCCAGCUAGUUUUAAUGUCUGUCUCAAAAAAUACAUUGUAACGUUUAUUACCAUGCAUGUUUUGUUCAUUCCAACGCCCUUGACCAUUUUCUGUUUCAUUAGGAUACCAAGUGGAAUUAGUAUUCUGAGAUUACUGUCGAUAUUUUUCUAGGUUACAGUAUUUAUGGAACAAACUUUAAUGAUGAGAAUUUCGAUGUGAAGCACUUUGGUCCAGGCUGGUUAUGCAUGGCAAAUGCUGGCAAAAAUACUAAUGGAUCACAGUUCUACAUCACAACAGUCAAAACACCUUGGUUAGAUGGAGAGCACGUGUGCUUUGGAAAAGUCUUGGAAGGAAUGGUAGGUGUUUGAAAAGAUUGCUGCUUGUUUUUAAGUCGAAACACUCUUAAAUGUACACACUGUAGACCAAGCGAAAGUGUCCAUCACGGGGAGUCAGAUAUUACUGCCCACUAGAGGGAAUACAAUGGCGCACUUCAUACCGCUUAAAGAGGCUUUGCUUCAUGGUGAGAUCGGCAUUUUUUGGUCAAAGCUGAGCUUAAAAUAUACUCUUGAGCCAUCUUUCCCUCAUACUUGAAACUCUAAAUCAAACGUAAAUGAUUAGAAAUGUAUUUACCGGAGGAACUAUACAACGAACGAACAAGCAAUUACUAACAGCCACGUGCUCAACUAAAAAUAUAGAAGUGUGACGUCACGUUACCAUGGGAGCAAAAUUUCUGGAUCUUAACGAUCUUUCUUGACAGAGACGGCCAUUUGCAUUGUCGAACUAUGGAAGAAAAGUAUGAGCUGCCAUUUUGUUCUUGUGAGAAACUGGGCACGGGAAAGUCCUACAGUGUCAAGUGUUUCGUUUUUUCUGCUAUAUUUGGAGGAUUUGAAAUUUUACCACCUUCGCAACGAGACGCAACGACUACCCCUCUCUAUUCCCAUAAUAAGCAAUUUUCUUACAUAUGUCACGUGACAUUACGCGAUACACUGCAGUAUCAAAUGGUUUCAUCCGAGGGAAAAGAAGCAUGAUAAGUUUUGGCCAUUUUUCGACAACAAAGCAGCUUAACUUGAAAACGUUCUCCCAUUUUUUUUUUUUCAAGUUUCAAUCCGUUUCCAUCCUAACUAUCAAAAGCCAAAAAACAUACACUUACAGAGGAUAAAAAUGAACCAUUAAUAAAGAGUUUUUCAAAAGUUAGCGUAUAUAAUGGAUCUCUCAUUUACUUUCUGUUUGUACUGAAGAGAUGUCACCGCCAUUAGGCUCGAUUUUCUGGAACAGCAGCUGGUAAUGGAGCCUGGCUAUCCCCGCAACGGAGUCAAUGAUAGUUCAGCCGCCAGCCGGGAGGUCCAGGGUUUGAUUCCUGCUUAGGGGUUUAGAUCUUUAUCCAAGCAUUAUCUCAUAAACUUGAUAUCUACACUGUAUAUAACUUUUUUGGCACUGGGCUGGCAUGGGUGGUUCACCGAAGUAAUUUAAAAAGGCUUUGUGAGUCUAGUUGCUGUAUUUUAAUGCCCUCGAAAAUUAACCUUUUUCGUACAUGUAGGAUGUAGUAAAAAAGAUUGAGAAUGUUAAGACGGAUGCAGUUAGCCACCCAGUUCAGAGAGUAGAGAUUACUCAAAGUGGAGCCAUGGAUGUACCACAGCCAUUUGAAGUUACCAAAGAUGGAGUUACUGCAUAA